AUGCGGGAGGCUACUGUGCGGUCAAUGGGCCGCCAGGAGCUGAUUGAGACUUGCUCCAGACUUCAAAGAAGCUGCAAAGACCUGCAGUGCUCCCUCGCAGAGCUUCACGAUGAGGACGCCCGCCUGCGAGCAGAAAAGAGCGACCUCCAGCGCCAGGUUUCUGACGCCCGCUUGCUCCUUGAAAGCCUCCACCGCGACGAUGGCGUCGUCGGCAACUUUUUCAAAGACAUCGGCAUUCACCAGGUCUCGGAUUUCAUCCAGCAGGUCCGCACGCAGACGCCUGAGGCAGCGGCGGCGGCAGCGGCAGCAGCGGCGGCAGCAGCCGUGGCGUUUGGUUCCUCUGCGAGCGCGCUGAUGAAGGAAACGCAGAAGCACCCGUUUGCUGGACCGAGGCGCAACCCCGCGGGCCCUGUGGAGCAAGCAAAGAGAGGGGGCGACUUGGACACCGUCGCCCUCAGAAACCGGGAGAACCGCGGCGCGAGCGGGACUCUUCCAGGGGUGCUCGGCGGGAACGAGGAAGGGCAUGCUCAAGGGAGGAAGGACGCGAACGACGGGUCGGGGAGCGUUCAGAAGGCCGCGGAGGCGGCCAAAGAAAUUGCGCGGGCCAUGACCGAGGCGGCGACAGAAGCCUGGCACCGCAGCAGUAGCACGAGGCUCGCAGGCCUUGCUGCGGACGCAGAGCCGAGGACGAACGGCAGAGCGGAGACCCCAUCUGAGACGCCGCAGGGAAGAGACCAAGAGGAGGCAGAUGGCGAACACGCGCGCCAGGACCCCUUCUCCGAUGAGCUGGUCAUGAAGGCUGUCGGGCAGCAGGCCGGCAGCAGUAUACGGGCGCUUCUUCAGAGGAAGCAAACGGAAGAGAGGCUUCAGAGACGGAUUGCACAGUGGCUGGACGACGCGAGCAGCCUCUCGAUCGAGGAGGCCCCUCGGCCGUCUGGAGCGUUCCCGCCCGUCGCCAGUCUCGCUUCUGGUUUGCCGUCAGCACACGCGUCUGUGCACGCAUCUGCGGCUUCUCGGGAGGGAGUGCUUUCAACGAGUGACGCACUUCCAGCUGAUCCCCGCAGCGCGACGGCCGCCGCGCCUCCGACACACCUCCUGGGACCCCCUGAGAGCCACGCGGAGGACGCAGCCAGCGGCUCGGCAGUUCCCCUCACAGCGACUGGAGACGCGGCGCCCACGCCGCCUGUGGCUUUCUCUGCCGAAGAGGAGCGCCAGCGGGCUCGACAGCUCUGCGACGCCAAGCUCCUCGCGGUGCAAGUCGAGAAGGCUCUAGGCAUGGCAGAUAUCGGCCGCUUCGCCCCGCAGUACCCGCCCGCCGCGGGCUUCUCGUCUGCGAUAGCGGAAGCAGACACCUACGCGUUCCUUAAGUUUUCGGAUGUAUCGGCGCCAAGCGCCCAAGACGGCGGCCGCCACGCGGAAGUCAGGCGGCCCGCAAAGAAAGAGAGAAACCGAGAUGCCUGGGCGGGGUUCGUUGACGGCUCCAAUCUCGAUGACUUGUGCGCCCGCGUUCUCGGCGCUGGCAAAGAUUCAGAGGACGAGGAAUCCCCUCCGCGCCGAGAGGGCUUUCGGCCGGAUGACGCAGAGGAGACCCCUGAGAAACCGGCGAAGCCAGAAGGAGACACAGCGGACGACCAGGCCGCCCGCGAUGCGGUUCGCGAAGCACACACAGAGGCCAAGGCAAAUGAGAGUCAGGAUUAUUCUUCUUCCUCUUUUGGAGCUCCUCCAGACCCCGCGGGCGCGCUGGAACUCCCGCCGUGCGCCAGAGGGCGAGGCCCAUCUGGGAAGCCCGCGCUGCCCGAGACCCCUCGCGAUGAGCGCGAGCCCUCACAGCCUGAGCCAGCGCGGAAGUCCAGCCUCGUUGGCGGCCAAGAGGAAAUCGUCUCCGCGGCUGUUCAGAAGCCUUCGCACGGACGCGCGGCCGACGAAGCUCCGCGGACAGGCUCUGCUCCCUACGGACUGCGUGGAGCGUUCUCGCCCGUGGAAGGAGGGUCCAGCGCCGUCGCAGCGGCCACCGAGGCCGGCUGCUGGGCGGAACCGCCGGCGGGCGCACUUGCACCGGCAUCCUCUGCGGACGAGGCACAAAUGGAAACAACCCGGCGGAUGGAGACGAAGGGUGUGGCGUCACUGGCGUGUGAAGAGCCCCCUCCCCCAGCCCCGACUGGAGUCCGCGCCUUGCCGUCCGCGCAGGCGUCUCCUGCGGAACUCGAUCGCAAGGCGCCAACGCCUCCGACGCCUUCUCAAUGGUCGCAGCCCUCUUUCGCUUCGGACGCUCCCAUGGCUGUGACAUGCAAGCUGUUGCCCGACGGCGCGAUCUUCCUCUCGUGGCAAUUCGGCCCCGGACUCUGCGCUCUCUUGGCUGCGGCGCCGCCGGGCACCUGCCGGCAGUUCGAGGUGCAGGUCACGGUUCUCGAUCUGACGGCCCAGUUUGAGGCGGCGACGCUGCGCAAGAGUGCGUCGGCCUCUGCGUCUUCGCCGCUCUCUGCUGGCCUGCAGCUGCCGAUGCGGAAAACCCGAGCCUCCACGUGGCUGCUGGAGUCCCUCGAAAGAGGGCGCGAAUACCACCUGACACUCAUCGCGCGCUGCAUGGAGUUGACGCUCGCGACGGGCCUCGAGGAAGACUACGGCGAGCCCGUCGCUGGGGUGACUGUCCACUUUUAUCUGCAACCCGAGGGACUCAAACAUCUCCGCAUACGACCUGUCAGCCUCUCGACUCUUGCGUUGCCCUUCCCCACCGCCGCGCGGAGACAAGCUGCCCCGCCGCCGGUGGACAGCAACCCCCCCCCAUCCCUCUCUUCUCUCUACCGCGAAGGAGAGCAGGACUUCUAUGGCGCCGACGCCGCAGAGCAGCGCCAGUCUUCUCUUUCGUCCUCUAACGACAAAAGCUGGCCUUGCCUUCCUUCGGGAUCUUCGCCGACCCCGGGAGCCGCCCUCACGGGGGCCGCCCCCGCGCAGCCUGCAGAAGAGAGCCACAAGGGCUCGAGGCGAAGCGCAGAAGCACAGAGAGGACGCGAAUACGCUCAACUGGAGACAGUGCUCUCGUCAGAGUCGCUGUGCGCGGCCACUCAAGAGGCCCCUGACUUCGUAGCGGCUGCCUCCAGGAGCAUGCAUGCCACCAACGAGCGAGACGCAGCUUGUCGGGACGCUGAAGUUUUUGUGAGGGACGCCCUGAAACGACCAAACGAGGGCAGCCUGGUCGUCGCGCCUUCACGCCCGGCGCCGUCGGCUCUGGAGGGGCCGUGCUGGCGUCAGUGCCCAUCAGGGGACUUCCGCUUCAUUCCCUCUCCGACACGAGGGGGCGACGGCGAGCCGCAGCAGGCGAGCGAUGCAGCGGGGCUCCCCGACGGGCGCCCCACAGCCACAGGCCGACAGACUGGGCUCCCCCCGUCUCUCUCUCUCACAGCGCGCCCUCUCAACUGCAACCCUGAAGGCACCACGCCAGUGCACGGGGCGCUCACUUCCGGUGCAGCAGCGGGGGUUCCCCCCCACAUCACGGUCUCCGGCCUUCAAGCGCCCUUCGCUGCUCAGCAUCAGGCCCCCGGCCGGUCCUCGGCGGCGUAUGCUGGACAUCCAGGCGAGGCGCGCCUCGCGGAUCCCAGCGGCCUCCAGGGUCGCCCAGCACCGCAGCAGUCGCUGGUCAGCUCGCACAUGGCGCCCGUCGCCCCUGGCCGCCCGCUGGGAAUGCCGCUGGAGCAGGAGAGACGAGACAGCCUUGCUGUCAGCCAGUUCUCCGUGGGUACUGGUGGAGGCGCUCUGCCCGCUCACGGGACUCCGCCGUCUGCUCACUGGUCGGCCCGCAAUGCGGCGUCACCGCCGCCUCCGCCUCCCCCGCCGCCUUCGCCUGCUGGCGUCAGUUCGCUCGGCGCUCCCCCUUAUGCAUUGCCCUGCGGCGGGGCCGGCCCCGGGUCGCGGCGGCCGUCGCUCGCGUCUUCGUGCGCGGACGCGUUCCCUCAGGCUCCGCCGCCCUCGGGCGGCAGCUUCGAGGCCGCGUCUGCGCCGCGAGGCCUUGUUCCACGCCCCACCCUCCCCGCGUCGCCUUGUCCGGCGCUGGGCGUGGGGUUCGACGGCGCCGAGGGCCGCUUGCGUCUGCACGCCGCGCCGUCUCUCUCGGAGGUCGCCGCUUCGGUGAAGAACUUCGCCAUGAACAGCGCCGCAUGGGCGCUCGUCCGCGAUGUGGCGCAUGCAGGCCAAGUCGCUUUGGGAAACGCGGUGGAGGCGUCGGGACUCUCCGGCGCAGUCGACCAAGUGGGCUGCGUAGCGCGCGGGCGCAGGGGGGAGCGGCGGAAGAGCGACGGCCGCCAGCGCCAGAUGUCGCUCGGAUGCGUCGUCGACACUCGCAGGCCGGACGCGGCCGACGACGGCCUCCUGGCGGCUGGCGCAGGCCUCAACAGGGCGCAAAGCGAAGAGCGGAGCUCCUUCCUGCAUAGGCCAGAUCGCAGUCCGUGUGAACCCGAGGCAGCGGUCACGUGCGAGCGCGCGCGGACGUUUACAGCCGCAGAGGACGCGCGGCCGAGCGCGCCUCACGCCGCGUCUCAAGAUAAGGCCCAGAUGCGAGGCACCACCACCACGUCGCCCUCGGGCGCAGAGCGGAAAAAACAGUGGAUCGAGCGCAGACAACAGCUCUGGGCGGCGCCGGCGAGCGCCAAGGCUUUAGCGGUACAGGCACGAGACCGUGAAGCCCCGAGCAGUAUCGCCAGGGCCCUCCAGAAGGAGGAUGCGGACACGGUGUCGACGACGCAUGCGCCUUCGUCUCCUCCGCGCCGCCCUGAGGUCCGACAGAGUCCCUCGCUGGUGCUCGCGCCGCGGGAGGCUCAUUCGGCGCGGCCGCGGGCGUCGCUGUCGCAUGUUGGGCCGAGCCAAGGCGCGUCUUUUCGCUCUCUGGGCGACGCGAAUCAACUGCGAUCUCUCUCUCUCGCGGCGACGCCCGCCUCACGAGCCACGGCGGGGAGAGACGUCCGCACGGAGAUCCGCAUGAAGCGAGAGGAGACGACGGGAGGCGCAGCGGUGCAGAAAACGCCCACGGACACGGCGCUCGAGGCGCUGGAAAGACUCAAGGCCCUCCGAGAGCAAGAAGAGGAGAUCGUCAAGAUGCUGAAUGAACAGAGGGAGAAGCAGGCAGCGCGCCACAGACGUCAAGCGGAAAUUGAGGGACUGUUGAAACAAGAGGAGACAAACAAUAUGCCACUGGGCCAUGCGACUCACGCCCUUGACACGCUCGGAGCGACCGGGAUAAAGGCACCCGGCCGACAAGUCGGUGCGACCCUCGGCGUGAGAGGAGAGGCCCGCGGCAGAACUGAAGGCGCGAGUAGCGGCUCUGCGGGAACUCGUGUCAACGACGCAUAUGUCGCCUUGCCCCAGUUGCCUCGGCAGGCGACAGACAGCGGCUCGGCGAUGCGCGCAAGAGUCGCGGACGCGAUCCCCGUUUCGCAUCCGAAGCCGGAGACCCACAGCAGUGCCGGCGUCCGCACCCAGGAUGUUUCCACGCGAAUGAGCUGCACACAGGGCACUAUGCAGACGAGCCUCACGGCGGCGGUUGCUUCGCCGGCCCCAGCCCCGCCACGCGGUCACGUUCCGAGCCCCUGUCCAGCGGGGGUUAUUCGCUCGGGUUCUUUCUGGUGCGCCGCGGCGGGCUCUCCCACGCCAGCUCUGGCCGCCACGCCGCUGCAUGCACUUCGACUCACAUGUACAGAUUCGACGCCAGCGGCGUACGGAGGCCUCGCGACCACAAGCGCGGAGAAGAAGGACCAGAUGGUGACGCACGCUUCUGAGGCUCAGGCAUUCUCCUCGGUCGAGGGCACCUACGGCGUCUUCUCGUCGCUCACGCACCAUGGAGAAAGCGGCAGCCGACACUUUGCCACUCGGGGGGAGGGGCAACACGCAGAUUCAAGACAGGCCACGCUAGCUCUGAGGACAAGCACGCUCAGACAGGACGGACACCUCGCUGCUGGCGUCUCCUCACGCGCCUCCGUGGCGAUGCCGCACGCGACAGUGCAUGCACCUCGCACCACGCCAACGCCGUGGGCGGGCAUGCUCGCGCGCUCUGGCGGCGCCACCCAGUCGUUUCCGCAGCAACUGUGGGCGCCUCAACUUGGCACUCCCUUGCCUCGUAUGCCUCCUCGGAGGAUCUCUCAAGCCCCUGGGAGAGCUUCCCAGCUGCUUGCCGGCAGCUGUCAAGCGGGCCUGGUGGGGGACCCCUCCUCCGCCUGCGGCGCGACCGGCGCCAAUCGCCAGGGCGCGCCCCUUCCGCCGUCUCUCCCGCCUUUUGCGGCAGCUGCAGAUCCGAGUGCACUCGCGCGGGCCUCCCUCCUCGCGACGCAGCCGGCCCCUCGCUCUCAGGCGCCCGCCGCGGUCACCGCAAAGAGCACCGCGGCUGCGGCGCCAGCAGGACGUCCGGAGACUGCAGGGGCAGGCCCCUGCGGCGCGGUGCGGCCACCGUCCGUGGCUCCGGCCCGCUGUGUAAAGGGACAAGAAGACGCGCACGCGCAAGCGGGGGAUGCAUCGUCGAGCUCGCGCAUGCUCACCUCGCUGCGAAGCGCCGCCGCGGCGCUCAGCCCCACGCGGGGCGCCCAGGUGGCGUCUCAGGCGCGGCACGCUUCACUGGAGCAGGCCGAUCGCAGAGGCGGCGGCCGGCCGCAAGUCCCCCCCCCCAUGCGCGCGGGCACUACGGAUGCAGCGGCUGCCACCCGCCCUGCCUCCGCAGGGGCGCUCGUCUCGGGGGUUUCGCCAGUCGGUCUGGGCUCCGCGCAUGCCGUCCAGCAGAUGCAUCCCGUGGCUUCUUCUCACGCACGCGCCAUCCUCCUGGGCGCGUCCCUGGGGGGCGGGCCUGAGGCGGCGCCCAUGGGUGGUAGCUGGCUCGCGGGGGCUGGACCCGGCGCCGCGGUUGCGGCUGCAGGCGCUGUGCCGCCGUUGUCGCGUGCGGCCGCUCUGUCUUCGUCUCUCUCUUUCCGCGCGCCCGCCCUCGCGGCAGGUCUUUCGCCGCCGUUGGCAGGGGCAGGGCAGCGGGAAAGGGCGAGCCGCGGCGCGUCGUGGGAGCCAGACGCAUGCGCGAGCGAGGGUGAGAAGGAGAACCGCGCGCGGCAGGAGCAGAAAGAGGCGACGCGCCUCGUGGCACCCGCCCUCUACCAGAGCGGCUGUCCACUGUAUAAACCGGCUGCUUCGUUGAACCAUGGCGCCCACGUGCUCGCCCAGGGCGCGGGGAAGGCGCCCCUCUAUCAGCCUGCGUCCCUCGUGACGCUGGGGCUGUGCGAAGACGCCGCGGCGGGGACGAAAGGCGCAGAGGCCAAAGGCGUGAGUGCCUCGCCGGCGAACCAGCGCUUGGAAAGACAGAUCACGUUCUACUGA